UCCUCCACAUAUAUAUUUAAAUUAAUGUGAGCGGAUCCGGCCGCCGGAGCUGUGAUUGGGUUGACCCAAUUUACAAACCCUGGUGAGCCUUAACCAGCGCACAAAGAGAAGAAAAGAAAAGUCUGUUUUCGUUUUCCGGUGGCGACCUGAGUCUGUCUGAUCUCCGCCUCCACCCAGGGGCCCUUUCAAAUCAAUCUCUCAUCUGUCUUGGGAUUCAAAAAUCUCGAAGAAGAUGGAUCAGCCCUUCCUACUCAUGCUCUCGAAUCUCCUACAUCUCCAGAACUCCCUCGACCCAACAACUUCUUUGCUCUCCGAUUCUCUCUCCUCACCCACCUCCGCCUCCGCCGCGUCUUCUUCUUCUUCCUCCCCAACUUCCCUCCUCACCUCUUCCUCCGCAGCUCCCCUCCUCUUUUUCACCAUCGCCUCUGUCCUCUCCUACAUCGCCUCCUCUCGCCCCUCCCCCGCCAGGUCCUCCGCUAAUCGCCCUCCCUCUUCCUCUGCCGGAAAAUCUUCUGCCUCAGACUACUCUGUCUCCGCCUUUCGAGCCCUCUCCACCGAGCACAUCUGGUCCCUUGAGGCCCCUCUCCGAGAUGCACAGUGGCGUUCAAUGUACGGCCUCUCCUACCCUGUCUUCAUCACCGUUGUUGAGAAGCUCAAGCCCCAUAUCGCUCUCUCCAAUCUCUCACUUCCUUCUGAUUACGCCGUCGCCAUGGUGCUUUCUCGCCUCUCCCAUGGCUGGUCCGCAAAAACCGUUGCUGCUAGGUAUUCUCUUGACCCCUAUCUUGUUUCCAAGAUCACUAACAUGGUUACUCGCCUACUUGCUACCAAGCUCUACCCAGAAUUUAUCAAGAUCCCAGUGAGCCGCCGCCGGCUUAUUGAGACUACUCAAGCUUUUGAAGAGCUGACUUCGCUUCCCAACAUGUGUGGUGCCAUUGAUGGGAGCCCAAUUAAGCUUCAUAAGCUUCCCCGUGACCAGAAUUUGUCUGGUAAUUACAAAUGCCGAUAUGGAUAUCACUCUGUUCAACUUCAGGUGGUGGCUGACCAUAAGAGAAUCUUCUGGGACGUUUGCGUUAAGGCUCCUGGUGGGACUGACGACGCUGCCCAUUUUCGGGACAGUCUUCUAUAUAAUCGACUGACUUCAGGCGACAUUGUUUGGGACAAGGCUAUUAAUGUCCUAGGUCAUCCUGUUCGACCAUACAUCGUUGGGGACUGGUGCUAUCCCAUGAUGCCUUUCUUACUGACGCCAUUUUCACCCAAUGGGAUGGGCACCCCAGCGCAGAACUUGUUUGAUGGGAUGCUUAUGAAAGGCCGGUCUGUGGUAGUUGAUGCAAUUGGGUUGCUCAAAGGGAGAUGGAAGAUUCUUCAGGACUUGAACGUUGAUCUUAAUCAUGCCCCGCAGACAAUUGUGGCUUGUUGUGUUUUGCAUAAUUUGUGUCAGAUUGCCAAAGAGCCGGAACCAGAGCUUUGGAAGGAGCCUGAUGAGAAUGGAGGCCCGCCCAGGGUGCUAGACAGCGAGAAGUCGUUUUAUUACUUUGGUGAGAGCUUGAGGCAGGCAUUGGCUGAGGACUUGCACCAAAGGCUUUCAUCAAGAUAGGAUUUUUUAGGAAAUUGGAAGAGUGAAAAUCCAUUCAGUAUAGCCAUAUUCUUCUAUUGUCGCUGUUUGCCGGUUACAAAAUGUAAGCACAAUAAACCAUGGAACCACGGGCGGACCCACAUAUAACGAGAUGGGACAAUCACCCUUGAAAAAAAAUUGGGAAAAAAAAAUAUAUACAUUUUAAUUAGUUACAACAGAUAUUUGUAGUAAAAGAUGAUAUUUACAAACAUAAUAUUAACUUUGGUAUAA